UUUCGCCUCUGCUCUGCUGACAGAAAACCUUCCCCCAUGCCUCCCCCCCAUGUGCCUUCUUAUCACGGCGUCGCCACCGCCGCCGCGCGCACCAACGAUCUUCCUAACCCAAUGUGACACCAGACAGCCAGCAGCCUCCACACCACCACCACCACCACCAUGCCGGAAUCCUACUCCGCCCCGUGGUGGCUCGCCACCACCGCGUGCUCCCUGCCGCCGGCGUCGACGUCCUCCCUGGCCGACGGCCUCGCGUUCCUCUUCCUCUCCCCAUGCCCGCAGCGCGCGCUCCUCGGCGCCGUCGACCUCCUCUUCCUCCUCGCCGCGCUGUACCUCUCCAUCCGCGCCCGCCUCCGCCCCCGCGGCACCCAGCAGGAGGAGGAGCCGCUGCUCGCCAAGCCAACGGCGGCGGCAGCGGCGCCCCGUGGCGGCGGGAGAAGCUUCCGGCACCGUGUCGCGCUCGCGGCGUCCACGGCGCUCGCGGCCGCGUCGCUCGUGCUGCUCGCGCUCGCGCUCCUGCUCCUCCCGGGGCCCGCGUCGUGGCGCGCGGUCCAGUGCGCCUUCCUCGCCGCGCAGUUCCUGGCGCACCUCGCGGCCGCGGGGACCGUCGCGGCGGAGAAGACGGCGGCCACGGCGGCGGGGCGCGCCCAUCCGGUGCACCUCCGCCUCUUCUGGGCCCUGACCGCGGCGAUUGGCGCGCUCUUCUCCGGGUCCGCGGUCGCGCGCUACGCUGCCGGGGCGCCCAUCCUCCCCGACGACCCCAUCGCGUUCGCCGGGUUAGUCCUGUCGCUCCCUCUGCUCUACUUCGCCGUCGACGGCUCUAGUGGCCUCGGUGAUCCGGCGGCCACAACGGCCAUCGAGGAGGAGCGAAACGGUGCUUCUGAUCCUGUCGCGGCUCCUGUCACGUCUUACGCCACGGCGUCGUGGCUCUCGCUCGCGACCUUCAGCUGGAUCAGCCCACUCAUCGCCAAGGGCUCCAGAGCGGCUCUUAGCGCCGAAGAAGUGCCGCCGGUGGCGCCCUCCGAUACCGCCGUGGCAGCGUACACGCUGUUCCUGUCCAACUGGCGGGUGCUGGUGGCUCCGGGGUCCAAGCCCAAGCACCCAGUGAUCACCGCACUGAUGCGAUCCUUCUGGCCUCAAUUCUUGCUCACGGCCGUGCUUGGCUUGGCGCACCUUUCUGUCAUGUACAUCGGGCCGUCGCUCGUGGACAGGUUCGUCCAGUUUGUUCGACGCGGCGGAGAGAUGACCGAAGGGCUGCAGCUCGUCGCUAUCCUCCUCGCUGGUAAGGCUGCUGAGACCCUCGCGUCGCACCACUAUGAGUUUCAGGGGCAGAAGUUGGGGAUGCGCAUCCAUGCUGCUCUGCUUGCGGUGGUGUACCGGAAGGCUCUGCGGCUGUCCACGGGGGCACGACGCGCGCAUGGCACCGGCACGAUUGUGAAUUACAUGGAGGUGGAUGCAGAGGAGGUGGCCAAUGUCACGCACGAGCUCCACAACCUGUGGCUCAUGCCACUGCAGAUCGCGGUUGCUCUGGCCCUGCUCUACACCCACCUCGGCCCAUCCGUGCUUACUGCGGUUGCCGCCAUCGCUGUGGUCACCGUGGUUGUGGCCCUCGCGAACCGCCGCAACAUGGAGUACCAGUUCAAGUUCCUCGGCAAGCGCGAUGAGCGAAUGAAGGCCAUCACCGAAUUGCUUAACUAUAUACGCGUGAUCAAGCUCCAGGCAUGGGAGGAUACUUUCGGCUCCAAGAUUCGCAAGCUCAGGGAGGCCGAACUUGGGUGGCUGGCCAAGUCCAUGUACUUCAUGUGUGCCAACACAAUUGUACUCUGGAGCGGCCCGCUCGCCAUGACCGUGCUUGUGUUCGGCACGUGUGUGCUGACAGGUGUCAAGCUCGAUGCUGGCAAGGUGUUCACGGCCACGGCAUUCUUCCGAAUGCUUGAUGGACCCAUGCAGAGCUUUCCGGAGGCAAUUGCUGCCGUGUCGCAGGCAACUGUGUCACUGGGUAGGCUUGACAGAUACCUGCUCGACGCAGAGCUCGACAAUGACACCGUGGAGCAUGUCCAUGAUACCGGCAUUGGCGCAGCAGACUGGGUGGUUGUGAUGGUGCACGAUGGCACCUUUGCAUGGGAUGUGAGGGGCAAGGACAAUGAAAACGAAGACGUGGAAAACGACGACGAUGAAGGUGAGGAGGAUGAGAAAAAUGUGGAGGAAACACCAGUGCUGGAGACAGUGCUGAAGGGAAUUAAUAUGGAGGUAAGGAGAGGCGAGCUUGCGGCGGUGGUUGGAACGGUUGGGUCUGGCAAGUCGUCGCUGCUGUCCUGCAUUAUGGGGGAGAUGGACAAGGUCUCAGGCAAGGUUACCGUUUGUGGGAGCACUGCAUAUGUUGCACAGACCGCUUGGAUCCAAAAUGGGACCAUUCAAGAGAAUAUCUUAUUCGGACAGCCAAUGGAUACUGAAAGAUAUAAAGAAGUUACAAGGUCUUGUUGCCUGGAGAAGGAUUUGGAAAUGAUGGAAUUUGGUGACCACACUGAAAUAGGAGAGCGAGGGAUCAAUCUCAGUGGUGGGCAGAAACAGCGUAUUCAGCUUGCCAGAGCAGUUUAUCAAAAUUGCGAUAUAUAUCUCCUUGAUGAUGUCUUUAGUGCUGUUGACGCACAUACCGGUUCACAUAUCUUUAAGGAAUGUCUAAGGGGCGUGCUCAAGGGAAAGUCCAUUUUACUUGUGACUCACCAAGUGGAUUUCUUGCAUAACGUGGACAAAAUAUUUGUCAUGAAAGAUGGUAUGAUUGCGCAAUCUGGAAAGUAUGAUGAGUUACUAGAAGCAGGCUCAGGUUUUGCGGCUCUUGUUGCUGCUCAUGAUAGUUCAAUGGAACUGGUGGAACAAAGUCGACAAGUAGAGAAGACUGAACAUUCUCAGCCUCCUGCAGUAAUCAGAAUCCCUUCUCUUCGCUCUAGAUCCAUUGGAAAGGGUGAGAAGAUGCUCGUUGCACCAGAAAUACAAGCAGCUACUUCUAAGAUUAUACAAGAAGAGGAAAGGGAGAGUGGUCAAGUAAGUUGGCGUGUGUACAAGCUCUACAUGACAGAGGCUUGGGGUUGGUGGGGGAUUGUGGGCAUUUUUGCUUUGGCAUUGGUGUGGCAAGGUUCUGAUAUGGCUAGCGACUAUUGGCUGUCAUAUGAAACAUCAGGCAGCAUUCCGUUUAAUCCUUCCAUGUUUAUUGGAGUGUAUGUUGCCAUAGCUGCUGUUUCAAUGGUCCUUCAAGUAAUCAAAACUCUUCUUGAGACAGUCUUGGGACUUCAAACAGCUCAGAUCUUUUUCAGCAAGAUGUUUGACAGCAUUUUGCAUGCCCCAAUGUCAUUUUUUGACACUACGCCUUCAGGAAGGAUUCUUAGUCGGGCAUCAUCUGAUCAAACAACCAUUGAUGUUGUGCUGGCAUUUUUUGUUGGCCUGACAAUAUCAAUGUACAUUUCAGUAUUGAGCACCAUAAUUGUUACUUGUCAGGUCGCAUGGCCGUCAGUUAUAGCUGUAAUUCCACUUCUACUAUUGAAUAUUUGGUACAGGAAUCGCUAUCUUGCAACUUCUCGGGAGCUAACUCGACUUGAAGGAGUAACAAAGGCACCAGUUAUUGAUCACUUUACUGAGACUGUUGUAGGUGCUACUACCAUAAGGUGUUUCAAGAAGGAAAACGAUUUUUUUCAGGAGAAUUUAGACAAAAUCAAUUCAAGUUUGCGCAUGUACUUCCACAACUAUGCAGCAAAUGAAUGGCUCGGGUUCCGACUGGAGCUGAUUGGAACACUCGUAUUGUCAAUUACUGCUUUUCUCAUGAUCAGCUUGCCUAGCAAUUUUAUCAAAAAAGAAUUUGUUGGCAUGUCUCUUUCAUAUGGCCUUUCCCUCAAUUCGCUGGUGUACUUUGCAAUAUCCAUUAGCUGUAUGUUAGAAAAUGAUAUGGUUGCUGUGGAGAGGGUAAAUCAGUUUAGCACUCUUCCUUCUGAGGCGGCAUGGAAAAUAGAAGACCAUCUUCCUUCUCCGAGUUGGCCCAUUCAUGGAGAUAUUGACAUUAAGGAUCUAAAGGUUAGGUAUCGACCAAAUACACCUCUUAUUCUCAAAGGCAUUACUGUAAGCAUUAGAGGUGGUGAAAAGAUAGGAGUUGUUGGAAGGACAGGCAGUGGCAAAUCAACUUUGAUCCAAGCAUUAUUCAGGCUUGUAGAGCCUGCAGAGGGGAAAAUGAUCAUUGAUGGAGUAGACCUAUGCACAUUGGGUCUGCAUGAUCUUAGGUCCCGCUUCGGCAUAAUUCCUCAGGAACCAGUUCUAUUUGAAGGGACAAUUCGAAGUAACAUUGAUCCAAUUGGACAGUAUUCAGAUGCUGAAAUAUGGCAGGCAUUGGAGCGUUGCCAGCUGAAAGACGUAGUAGCUUCAAAACCUGAAAAGCUUGAUGCUCUAGUGGCUGAUAGUGGUGAGAACUGGAGCGUAGGCCAAAGACAGCUUCUUUGUCUUGGUCGUGUGAUAUUAAAGCAGAAUCAAAUCUUGUUUAUGGAUGAGGCUACUGCUUCAGUUGAUUCUCAAACAGACGCCACAAUUCAGAAGAUCACACGGCAAGAAUUUUCGUCAUGUACGAUAAUUAGCAUCGCACACAGAAUACCAACAGUGAUGGACUGUGAUAGAGUUUUGGUGCUGGACGCAGGCCUGGUCAAGGAAUUUGAUGCUCCAUCGAGGUUGAUCGAACAACCGUCCCUCUUCGGGGCAAUGGUCCAGGAGUAUGCCGAUCGGUCGUCCAAUCUGUAACUUGCUCUGUCAUACUGCAAAUGUUGUCAGGAAAUAAAUAAGAAGCUGUUUUGAUAGGUUGACUAUAUGAGUGUAUAUAGCGCAAUAUAUCGAAAGAUAUAAAAACCGUUGUUAGCUACUGGCUUUAUGUCCAGCUAGCAUCCACAGAAAUGCGUCUUCUUGGUUGGGUGAUAUUGUAUCACUCGAGCUUAACAGUUAACAUUUUGCUCUUGGAUGCAGUUCUAAGUUACAACUUGACGCCGUUGUAAAAAAAAGUUGCAUCUUGACUGGAUGCAGAAAACCACGACAAUUGAAUCAAGCAUAACAAAAUUUCACAACUA